AAAAUUUGAAGACAAGCUCUUCUCUGGUCACCUUCUGUCCUCGACCACCCGUACCUGUUUGGAAACCCGAUCGCGUCAUCGUCACCAUGUCCCGAGUCGCAAGAGACCAGAUCGUAAAGCUCAUCGUGGGAGCGGGACAAGCUUCCCCAAGUCCGCCGGUAGGCCCUGCUCUCGGUAGCAAGGGUGUCAAGUCGAUGGACUUUUGCAAGGAGUUUAAUGCGAGGACGGCGCACAUCAACCCUGGCACGCCGAUGCCCUGUCGGGUGACGGUACGAGGAGAUCGAUCAUUUCACUUCGACAUUCGCACGCCGCAAACGUCAUGGCUGCUCUUGAACGCCGCGAAUGUUUCUCUUGGACAAAAGGGCAAAAGGAAAGGGGCGAGCAAACCAGGACACGAAACAGUCGGAACUGUCAGUCUUAAGCACGUCUACGAAAUCGCCAAAAUUAAGCAAUCCGAACUCCGACUAUCGGGACUCAGUCUUCGGGGGUUGUGCCGGGCCAUCAUCUACCAGGCGCGGUCAAUCGGUGUCAAUGUUGUGCCAUGAAGAGAAGCUUCCGGGAAAGCAACGCUUGUAUCAUCAGCGUGCGAGCGAACGAGCUGCAAGGAGGAGUGACAGCUCUGGGUGUUGUGACUGUCAUGUAUACCAAUGAGCGGGGGACGAGGGUGACUUGUACAAUAAAGAAGGGUUUGGAAAAUGCAACCAGGCGCUACUCUGAUUCGAAGCUAUGCGUGGCUUUUGCGACGGGAGAGUCGGGGCAGCUGGUCGAGAUGGGGACUAAACAUCGCUGUCCUCCGCAACGAAGGUCUUGAACUAGCCCAGUUCUGCAUCGGAAUUUAGCCCACUCCGUCGAAAUAGCCAAGCCAUCCAAUUUGAGGAAACAACUUUUCAAAGACAAAAUCCCGGACAACCGUUAUGAGAGGCACG